UCUCUCUCUCUCAGUGUGGCAGUCUGUCUACCUGCUGCGGACCCAGACAGGCAGGCAGUCCGGAGCCGUGGAGCUAUCCCAGCAGCCAGAGCCCAGGGGCGGCCGGUGGGAGGAGGCAGAGAGUCCGCAGCAACACUCAGCCUCUUUGACAGCCGUCGGAGGAAGGAGCCACCUGCACCAACACAUGUCUACGGAGCCGUCUGCAGAGCGGGACCUGGACGGGUUAGGGGAGCAGGCGACAGACGGAAACACCAGACUGACGGACAUCAGCGGGGGCACAGAGGGCCGCAGCAUGGCGUCCAUACCGGAGUACUACGCCGGCAAGAACGUGCUGAUCACAGGAGCCACAGGCUUCAUGGGAAAAGUGCUGGUGGAGAAGCUGCUGAGGGCGUGCCCUGAGGUCAGAGCCCUGUACCUGCUGGUCAGACCCAAGGCCGGACAGUCCAUGGAGCAGAGGGUCAGCGACAUGAUGACCUGCAAGCUUUUUGACCGAGUGCGUGAGGUCAACCCCGACUUCCACCUGAAGAUCAUCCCCAUCAGCAGCGAGCUGACGCAGCCAGGCCUGGCCAUCAGCCCCGAGGACGUGGAGAGGCUCUCCGCCUGCAUCAACGUGGUCUUCCACUGCGCCGCCACCAUCCGCUUCGACGAGCCGCUCAAACACGCCCUGCAGCUGAAUGUGAUCGCCACCCAGCAGCUCCUCAGCCUGGCCAAGCAGAUGCAGCACCUCGAGGCCUUCGUUCACAUCUCCACGGCCUAUGCAAACUGCAACCGCAAGCACAUCGACGAGGUCAUCUACCCGCCACCCGUCGAGCCCAAGAAACUCAUCGACUCUCUCGAGUGGAUGGAUGACAGCAUCGUGCGGGACAUCACGCCGCGGCUCAUCGGGGACCGGCCCAACACGUACACCUACACCAAAGCCCUGGCGGAGUGUGUGGUGCAGCAGGAGCAGGACAAGCUCAACAUCGCCAUCAUCAGACCCUCCAUAGUGGGGGCCAGCUGGCAGGAGCCUGUCCCUGGUUGGAUUGACAACUUCAACGGGCCGAGUGGAGUCUUUAUAGCCGCUGGAAAGGGGAUCCUGCGCACCAUGAGAGCUAACAACGACGCGGUGGCUGACCUGGUCCCCGUGGACAUGGUCAUUAACCUCACACUGGCUGCGGGCUGGUACACCGCUGUGCACAGAAGGAAAACAGAAAAACAGAAAGAUGAAAGACCUAAAUCAGCUCUGGUGUACAACUGCACCACCGGCGGCAUCAACCCGUUCCACUGGGGACAGAUUGAGCACCACGUGAUGUCGUCCUUCAAGAGGAACCCUCUGGAGCAGGCUUUCCGCCGGCCCAACGCCAACAUCACCUCCAACUACCUGAUGAACCAGUACUGGAUCCUGGUCAGCCACAAGUUCCCCGCCCUCAUCUACGACUUUGUGCUGCGUCUCUCUGGACAGAAGCCGCAGAUGAUGCGCAUCUUCAACCGUCUGCACAAAGCCAUCGGCCUGCUGGAGUACUUCAGCAGUCAGGACUGGGAGUGGAACUCGGAGAACAUGAGCAUGCUGAUGGGCCAGCUCACCCCAGAGGACAGGAGGACAUUUAACUUUGAUGUGCGCCAGCUGAACUGGCCUGAGUACAUUGAGAAUUACUGCAUCGGCACCAAGAAGUACGUCCUGAAUGAAGACAUGUCUGACAUUCCUGCUGCCAGGCAGCAUCUGAAGAAACUGAGGAACAUCCGCUACACCUUCAACACCCUAUUGGUGGUUUUCAUCUGGAGAGUUUUUAUCGCCCGCUCCCAGAUGGCCAGAAACAUCUGGUACUUUGUGGUCAGCCUCUGUUUCAAGUUCCUGUCUUACUUCCGCGCAUCCAGCACCAUAACCAAGUGAGUGUUCCUCACCUCUUCAAGGCAGAGACGGCCGCCCUGGCCUUUAGCUGUCAGCAGGAUGCAACAUCUGAGACUCUGACCGUCCGUCAAGGACACUCUGAGUCUGAAUCCUCCUUUGUGUGUGGAUCAGCUGGGGGCUCUCUACAGGUGGGAGGCUGCAGUCGUAUGAAGCACUCUAAGGAGAGAAAAGAGCCAUGAAUAAUUUGUCUCGUUCGGAAAUCUAUCAUCAGUACCUGCACCGUUCACUCACCAGAAUCCGUCCAAAAAAGUAUUCAUCUUGUUGCUACAGUUUCCUUCUCAACGUGAACGCCAAUUAUAUAUGCAACAAUAAGCCUUUUGUGUGCCGUCCAUUUUCUUUUCCACAUCGUUGUUUCCAUCCACUUGAAUCUAGCUUCAUUGCCUUGCCUUAUUAUUAUGUUUUCAUACUUGAUAUAUGGCAGAGCUUCACUGGAUUUCUCUAAGAUUUUUUUGGUUCUCUGCAGUUUAACUGUGGGGAAAUCCAAUUCCUCUCUUUACUACGCAAGUGAUUUUGAUCUCUAUCUUACAUUAUGUGUAUCUACUGCCUUUCUAAGAUUACACCUUAAAAACUAACUGGUUAUCUAUCUCAAGUCUCUAAACUGAGACAAAUAUUACAUCUAAAUUCCAACUAUACAGUUCAAGACAACAGUAUCAUUAAAUAAACCAAAAAAUAUAUAUCUGUCUCCAUUAUUUACUAUCACAAAGAGAAUGUUCAUAUGUCUUUGAACAUAAACCAUGUUUGUUUGAAUGCUCAUCUGUUUGUACAGCAGUUUGUACUGAAACUAAGUUUACUACUUUUACAUCUUUAUACUUGAGUCAAAGUUUGAUAUAUGUGGUAGACCUUGGCAGUGUAAUAUAUAUAAAUAAGAGUACAUCAGAGUUGAGUUUAUUUGUUUAGCUCUGUACAGGUGGAAAAACAUUUGAAUUAAAGUUAAGUUAUAGUAGUUGGAAAUUCCAAAUAAAAUUCUGAAAGGCAUAAUGGUGAUAUAAAAGAACCAAAAUGAAGAAGUCCAAGGAAUGGGUCCAGUACAAUAUCAGUGAUUUACAUGUCCGAGAUUGUGGGUUAGAGGACCAAGCUUAGAGCAGGCAACUUAGCGGAGUAGAGAGUGGGUUCAUUUGAUGAAAAUGGAGACCUAACCCCAAGUUGUGCCGCCUGUAAAUUAGCUUUUCAAUUGAGUCACAGCGUUUAUUUCUCUUUCAACUAAUUACAGAGCUGUUGAAAAACAGGGUUUUAUAAAAAAAGAAAUUGCAGGGUAUUUAUUUAUUAGAGAAAUGUCCUGAUCUGUGAUGCUUUUACAUGAGGCACAAGCUGGAGUUGUACCUUAGGUAACAGCCAAACAAAACGUAUAUGCAACGUUAAAAUAAAGAAACUUUUGACUGAAGAUUUAUUUCUUGAGGCACGCCUCUUGUUACUGAAAAGGUAAUUAGGUCUGUUAAAUAUAUCAAAGAUCGUACUUUUAGAAAACUGCUGCUUUAAACACCUACUGCAGCAACUUUAUUUGAGUAAGAAAAGCAAGAUAUGUUCUGCUUUUGGACAGCUAGUGAACAGGACAGAGAAUGGAAGCAUUAUUACGAGUUCUUGCAAUACAGAGUUAAGUGUCAUCUGCAUAAGAGUUAGAAUUCAUGCUGAACAUUCUGACGAACAGAAGAAGUGAAAAGUAGUGGACUAAAUAUGGAGCCUUGAGGUACGCCAUACCUACCCUGAUGUGGACUACUAUUUUAAGCAAGACAAAUUGUGACCUAUUUGUUAGUCUGGACCUAAAUCACAAAAGUACUAGGUUAUAAACAAAGGAUUUAAAAUCCCUCAUGGUGUUGAAUCAAUGACCCAAGUUUGGAAAACCUGUAAAUAGUUGAAGUUCAUUUUAUUCUUUUAAACUACCAAACAUUUUAUGUGACUGUUGAUCUUUGCUUGGUGAGAGUCUUCACAGGAUUCCACCACAGAGCUUCCUACAGAGUCUACCAAAAGUGUUAAAUGUGACAGGCCAGUCCGUGUUUUACUAAACAUGAGAAAACUGUGUUGUUUUGUAUGUGGCUUGACUCUUGACUGAAUACAAAUGCAUAACAGUUACGAGCCUAAAUGGGAGAAAAAGGGACACAACUUAAUAAAUGUUUAUGCAAA